AGCCCUGCCCGGCCCCCGGGGCGGAGCCGCCGGUGCGCGGCCGGCAGAGCGGGGAGCCCUGGAGCUUGGGAUCCUCGGAGCUUGGGAGCCUCGGAGCCCCGGAGUUUGGGAGCCCCGGAGCCCCGGCAUGAGCUUCCCGAGGCCCCUGCGGCGCUCGGUGAGCCUGAGCCCUGCCCGCACCCUGCGGCUGGUUGUGCUGGGGCAGAGCGCGGUGGGCAAGACAGCACUGACUGUAAGAUUCAUCACCAGGAGGUUCAUUGGAGACUAUGACCCAACGCUAGAAAUGAUUUACAGGCACAUGGCUGUCAUCGAUGGGGAGAUGGUGCACUUCGAGAUCCUCGACACGGCGGGGCAGGAGGAAGACUCCCUGCAGAUAGAGGAAAAGAUCAAGUGGGGAGAUGGCUUUGCAGUGGUCUACUCGGUGACGGACCGGUGCAGCUUCGACGAGGUCGUGCGGCUCUGCUUCCUCAUCAACCACAUCCACGCCAGCCCCAAGCGGAGCGGUGGGAGUGAGCAGCCCCCCGUGGUCAUCGUGGGCAACAAGAAGGACUUGCAGUUCGACAGGAUGGUGUCCACAGAGGACGGCGAAAACCUCUCCAAAACCUUGAAGCUUCCUUUCUAUGAGAUCUCCACCCGGGACAGCUAUGAAGAGACCGUGGUGGUGUUCAACACCCUCUACCAGGAGCUCAUGAGGCAGGGGCACUUCUCCCCGGGCUCCCUCAAGAGGAGGACAGUGUCAAAGGUGAUGGAGAAGAUCCCCAAGAUGCAAGCCAGCUCCACCUUGAACACGGCGGGCCGGAGCCUCAGCUUUAACUCCUUCAGGGACUACAUCCCCGAGUGAGCACCCCCAGGGCAGAGGCAGGAGCGAUGGAUAAGCCGGGACCGGGGGACGGGUCCUCCUGCUGCUGGGGCACCUGCUGGGGAGUGAGGAGCCACCUUCUCCAGGGGCUGGAGGGCAGCUUGUGGGCCAGGGCUGAGCUCCCGGUAGAGGAAGGUUAAGAGGUGGGGAGGGUGGGAUUGGUGCUGAGCAGCCUCUGAAAGCCCGUAGGUUUCCACAAACAGGCUUUGCAUCGGCAGGGAGGAUGCUCUUCCUCUGUCCCACCCCUUCGCUCCUCCUCCUCCUUCUCCUCUUCCUCCUCCACAGUUGAAGUUAGCAACGAAGGUCAUCCCUGUUGGCUUCAGCGGUGCUGGGUCAACACUCACAGGCUCCGAUUUGCUUUGUUGGGUACCAGACCCAUCUCCGACACCUCCCUGUGGAUUCCCUGCUCCCCACCCGAGGCUCGCUGGGUUUGUUUGUAUCCCUGCUGCACGGCCCUGGGCUCUGCUGGAGCCCUUCUCCUCGCUCAUGGGCUGGCAGCACAGGCAUGUUCCAAAGGAAAGCAGAGAUCUGUUUACAGCAGGGGGAAAAAAGCCUGCUAACCCCUGGCUUUUCUCAAAACCCGUGUUUUUCAACAUCUGAAGCUCCUUAUCACUCUCUCCUUUAACACCACUGUAAAUAAAAGCCUGGGCAAUGGGCUUCUGGCUGAGGCUGCCCCUUGCUCUAUGUCUCCGUCUCACUCGGGGCUGCCGGCUUCCGAGGGGAGGCACAGCAGGCUGCACUGCUGAUGUACGCUGCAACCUCGGGCUGAGAUCAUGCUUCUCCAUCCCAGGGGGAUAUUAUUCCUGACGCAACUUCUAGUGAUGCCCUCACCCUGCGGCUCAGCUCGGCAUUUGCAGUGUGUCUCAGAGGGUCCCCCGGGUGCAAGCUGUGGGACGUGGGUGCAGCGGAGCAGAGAGCGGGAGGUGCAAAUGGUUCUCGGUCCCUCACCUGCUUAUUAGUUGCCCCAUCCCAAACGGGAAAUUGCUGUGGCCAGAGAAUUUGGGUGUGCUGCUGCAUCGUCAGCACCAGGGCACAUCCUCCCGCUGAGCUGCUCCUGCCCAAUUUCUCUCCCUCCUACCCUCCCAGUGCAGAGUGCUGCUUUGCCAUCCGAAAAGUGCAUUUUUUGGGAGACCUGCAGCGUGCCGUGUGUGUGUCCUCCGAGAAGUAACUGUGUGCUGCUGCGUCCUGUGACAAUAAAAGCCCAUACAGUGA